AUGGGCGGCACCUGGGCGCCCAAGCCCUCGGCUGGUCCCCACAAGAUGAGGGAGUGCUUCCCCCUCGUCAUCCUUCUGAGGAACCGUCUCAAGUACGCCCUCACCAAGAAGGAGGUCACCUCCAUCCUCAUGCAGAGGCUUGUGAAGGUCGACGGUAAGGUCAGGACCGACCCUACCUUCCCCGCUGGCUUCCAGGAUGUCAUCACCAUCGAGAAGACCGACGAGGUGUUCCGCCUCCUCUACGACACCAAGGGCAGGUUCAUCGCCCACAGGAUCUCGGCUGAGGAGUCCAAGUACAAGCUCGGCAAGGUCAGGCGCGUGGAGAUCGGUAAGAAGGGUAUCCCCUACCUUGUGACCCACGAUGGCCGCACCAUCCGUUACCCCGACCCCAGCAUCAAGGUCCACGAUACUGUCAAGAUCGACCUUGAGACUGGCAAGAUCGUUGACCACGUCAAGUUCGAAGCCGGCAACCUCUGCAUGGUCACUGCUGGUCGCAACAUCGGUCGCGUCGGUCUGAUGGAGUCCCGUGAGCGUCACGCUGGUUCGUUCGACAUCAUUCACGUCAAGGAUGCCGCCGGCCAGACCUUCGCCACCCGUGGCUCGAACGUGUUCAUCAUCGGCCAGACCACCAAGUCGCUCGUCUCGCUCCCCAAGAGGAAGGGCAUCAAGACCUCCAUCAUCCAGGAGCAGCAGCACCGUCUUGCCAAGGAGAAGAAGUCGAGGAAGUAA